UGGAGAAAAGAGCUUGCACGACAUCUCGAUUCCGCUAGUUUUGCUUCACUCGCCAGCUUCGUUGCCAAGGAACGUUUGGUAAACACAGUCUACCCUCCAGUAGCCGACACGUGGUCGGCACUGAAUUUGACUCCAUUAGAUCAAGUCCGGGUUGUCAUCAUUGGACAAGAUCCCUACCACGGUCCCGGGCAAGCCCAUGGCCUGUGUUUUUCGGUUCUUCCGGGACAAGCGAUCCCGCCAUCCCUAAAAAAUGUUUACAGGGAAUUGAAUGAAGAUUCGCAGAUCAAGUUUUUGAUGCCACGACACGGACAUCUGAUCAGAUGGGCCAAACAAGGAGUACUCAUGCUGAAUGCUUGUAUGUCUGUUCGUCGUGGCGAGGCAAACUCGCACCAAAAGAAAGGGUGGGAAAACUUGACGGACGAAAUAGUCCGGGCAGUGGACCGUCAGAGCAAGAAAAGCGGUCAAAGGGUGGUAUUUCUACUCUGGGGAAAGCCCGCCACAGCCAAGGCACAAGCUUUGAUCGGCUCCAACUCAUCCGUGAAUCGGCACGUUGUUAUUUGCACGAGCCAUCCCAGUCCUCUAGGCGCACGGAAAACGAAUCAACCUUUUCUAGGAAGCAAGUGCUUCAGUCGAUGCAACCAGGCUUUGACAGAGAUGGGCUGUGGCGCAAUUGACUGGAACGUCGACGACUAA